CUACCACAGUCAGCUCUCUGUUUGGAGUACCAACCACAGAAAUCAAUAACCACGUGGUCCAGUGUGUCGUCACCAACGCAGCCCUGUUGAAAGAAGAAACCCUUCCCUUCACCUUGCAGGUCCACUGGAAUCGGUAUGAAGGAGAGGGAGGAUGCAACAAGAAUCUGGAUGAUAUUGCGUCAUGACUUUCAUCGUGAAACCCCAGGAAGUCCCGCCCGCGUGUGCCUCAUGACGUGACUACUCAGCUCCGCAGAGACGAGAUGGAAAAAUACUUUGGCGCAUUUUUAUCUCUGAACAUGGAUGCCGUGUAGCUCCACGAUGCUUUUACUGAUGUUAGUGUUAAACCUGAGCACAGCUGAAGCUCUACAGAUGAUUGGAGGAAACAUCACCGUGGGACAAGGAGAGACUGCUGUCUUACCGUGCAAAGUCACUGACACCACGGAGACGGUUACUCAGAUUUCAUGGCAGAGAAAAACCAGAAAAAAAGCUGAGAAUGAGAACUUCUUCACAGUCGUGUCCACAAAUGGAAUAAUGGUUGUCAAUGGAGAAGAUAAACGUUUUAAAUUUGUUGGGAGCGUUAAUGACUGCAAUGGAACACUCCAGUUUUCCAAUGUCACACUGAUGGAUGAAGGCAGCUACGCAUGUGUCUUCACUAUGUUCCCCAGUGGAAACCACAAGACAGAAGUGCCUCUAAACGUGCUUGUUCCUCCAGUCUCAAGCCUCCAGUACAAUAUUCCUGUUCUGGGCAAUGAUGAGGUUUCCCUGGCUCUGUGCACGGCUGCUGGUUCCAGGCCUCCCGCGGAGGUGAAGUGGUUGACUGGUACUCUGGAAGGAAAAGUGAGGGCAACAACCAACUCCACCAAGCAUGACAACGGUACGACUACCACAGUCAGCUCUCUGUUUGGAGUACCAACCACAGAAAUCAAUAACCACGUGGUCCAGUGUGUCGUCACCAACGCAGCCCUGUUGGAAGAAGAAACCCUUCCCUUCACCUUGCAGGUCCAUUCUCUACAGGUGAUUGGAGGAAACAUCACCGUGGGACAAGGAGAGACUGCUGUCUUACCGUGCAAAGUCAUUGACACCACGGAGACGGUUAGUCAGAUUUCAUGGCAGAGAAAAACCAGAAAAAAAACAGAGAAUGAGAACUUCUUCACAGUCGUGUCCACACAUGGAGCAAAGGUUAUCAAUGUAAAAGAUAAACGUUUUACAUUUGUUGGGAGCUUUAAUGAAAGCAAUGGAGCACUCCAGUUAUCCAAUGUCGCACUGAUGGAUGAAGGCAGCUACGCAUGUGUCUUCACUAUGUUCCCCAGUGGAAACCACAAGACAGAAGUGCCUCUAAACGUGCUUGUUCCUCCAGUCUCAAGCCUCCAGUACAAUAUUCCUGUUCUGGGCAAUGAGGAGGUUUCCCUGGCUCUGUGCACGGCUGCUGGUUCCAGGCCUCCCGCGGAGGUGAAGUGGUUGACUGGUACUCUGGAAGGAAAAGUGAGGACAACAACUAACUCCACCAAGCAUGACAACGGUACGACUACCACAGUCAGCUCUCUGUUUGGAGUACCAACCACAGAAAUCAAUAACCACGUGGUCCAGUGUGUUGUCACCAACGCAGCCCUGUUGAAAGAAGAAACCCUUCCCUUCACCUUGCAGGUCCAUUCACUACAGGUGAUUGGAGGAAACAUCACCGUGGGACAAGGAGGGACUGCUGUCUUACCGUGCAAAGUCAUUGACACCACGGAGACGGUUACUCAGAUUUCAUGGCAGAGAAAAACCAGGAAAAGAAAUGAGAAUGAAAACUUUUUCACAGUCGUGUCCACACAUGGACCAGAAGUUGUCACUGUACAAGAUAAACGUUUUAAAUUUGUUGGGAGUGUUAAUGACUGCAAUGGAGCACUCCAGUUUUCCAAUGUCACACUGAUGGAUGAAGGCAGCUACGCAUGUGUCUUCACUAUGUUCCCCAGUGGAAACCACAAGACAGAAGUGCCUCUAAACGUGCUUGUUCCUCCAGUCUCAAGCCUGCAGUACAAUAUUCCUGUUCUGGGCAAUGAGGAGGUUUUCCUGGUUCUGUGCACGGCUGCUGGUUCCAGGCCUCCCGCGGAGGUGAAGUGGUUGACUGGUACUCUGGAAGGAAAAGUGAGGGCAACAACCAACUCCACCAAGCAUGACAACAGUACGACUACCACAGUCAGCUCUCUGUUUGGAGUACCAACCACAGAAAUCAAUCGCCACGUGGUCCAGUGUGUCGUCACCAACGCAGCCCUGUUGAAAGAAGAAACCCUUCCCUUCACCUUGCAGGUCCACUUCCCACCCAUGGAAGUAAACAUUCGUGAACAAGCCAAAGACUCAUUUGAAUGUGUGUCUGACGCCAAUCCAGAUGCAGACUUUACCUGGAGCAGACCAGACAACUCGUGGCCUCAGUCUGCUGUCCGAGUAGGUGCAACAUUACAGUUUCAGAGCAUGACCCCCGAGCUAAAUGGUGUCUAUGAGUGCGAAGCAUCGAACACCUUUGGAAGAAAACAUGGUCACCUCUAUGUGCAUGUGACUUCAGAGGGCUGCCGUGUUUGUUGGGCCUUAUUUGUUAUGUUGGUCAUCCUCAUUGCUUUUGCUGCUGGUGCAGGGUGGUACCUCUAUAAAACUGGGAAAUUUCAAAGGUUUUUUUCAAGUCCGGAAGAGGGCACAAGCAGAGAGAGAAAACCAGUACGAACAUCCUCCAGAUCACGUGAACGCACUGAUCAUGGAGAAGAAGAAGAAGAAGAAGACGAAGAAAGAGAAGAAGAGAGGCCAUUAUAGGCAGAGGUAGAGGAUUUAGUAGUUAAAGGUGUUUGGUUUAAUUCUUACUGGUUUGUCUUUUUUUCAUUUUCUUUUUAAAAUAUUUAUUUCCAAAAUCUGCCUGAAAAUAUGUGGAGACACAUUUGAAACUGUAUACCUUAGGGACCUCUUUGACAUCCGUUGCAGUGGCAAGUUGUAGCACAGUUGUUGUGGCGUCAUACAGACGCCACGGCUAACAUUUCAUUCCUGACUCAGCUGGUUAAUGAACAUUUGCAUGCAGCUGCUGUAUCUCUUUUCUGUGAGAGAGACGUUGUAAGCAUUUACACAUGAGACAUAGCAGCCUAACUUUUAACGUUGAUUAUUGUGAUUGUUAUUUAAUUGUCUGUGUUCUUCUACAUGUCUGAAAGGCAACACAGAGCCCAGAUUCACACAGAUUGUUUGGAGUAAAGCAGCUGUCCUCCUUUCACUUUUAUUCUACCAGGAAGUCCCAUUUAAUUCUGUUUCCUUUAGAAAGUUUAUGAUUUCGGCUUUUCUCUUAAAAGUUUUAAUUUAAUUAAGGAUUAAGGAUUAUACAGCUUUUGGUAUUUCAAGCCUGCAUGCAUGUUUGAAAUACCAAAAGCUGCCUUCCCAGUCAGUGUUUAAGACAACUGUUAUUGUAUUUAUGAGUCUAAUGAGAGAUGAGGACAGGAGGGGAGAUAUUAGCCUGUCCCUGCCUCAGCCACAUGCUUGUUGAACUGCAUUUGAGCAUGUGGAGCUGACAUGUUUUGUGGUUGCCGUUCUGUGCGCUUGUGUCACUUACACGCACCCAUUUUUAUAUGUGGAAGUUUAAAAACGAAUGGAACACUAUAGAGGAACUUGUUUCUUGCUCUUCUUUUUCUGGUGUGGCUUCCCCCUGAUAACAACAAAGCAUGUGAAUACUGAUUUGGACAUCAGUUACCAUGGCGAUGAUCCAAGCUUUGAAACAUCUGGGUCAGCUUUAGUCCCCCCAAAUUACCAACAACUUUUUUUCUUGUAGUCAGAUGUCAUUCCUUAAGUAUGUUCUACUGCUAAUAGGGGUGACUGAAAGUUGUGUGUCCCCAAUGUACAGAUGUUCCCUAAUCACCUCACAAGCGAUUGGUUAGCACUUAGUGGGCUGCUGCCACUGGAGAACUCAGGCACAUGAAGUGGGUUUGUGAGACAGAAACUCAGUUGGGUUUUGGCAGAGUGACAUUAGACAUUCUCAGAUGUGAAAUUGAGUGAAGCUUGAUUCUUAGCUGUAGACUGUUGAGAGAGAAGUCACCAUCAGGGCGACCGCUGUCCAUCCUUUCUUUCCAGUUAAGUGGAUUAACUUGGUGAGUUAGCCACAUGAAGUUGCCCGGUUGGCAUUAAGAUUUUGAUGUGAUUCUUUGAAUAAUGUGUUAUUUAAGACCAGUAAGGAUAUAACAUAUUGGGUGAUAUGCAGUAGACCUAAGUGUGGUUGUGGUAGUGAGGUGCCCAGUCGCCUUCCUCUGCCAAUCACUGCCUAAAAGUUAAGGAAGUGCAGCCUGCAUGGUUGAUCUAAUGAAGCAUAUAAGUCAGUUUGUGUGUAUUUGCAUUAUGGUUAAAGCUAAAGGGGGUUGUAAAGAUGUAACGGGCCAGAUGUGUAUUAGUUUCUGUUGAUGUGCAAACUCUAUGGACAGUGAAAAAAGAAAAGUCAGUCUACAUGAUAACUGUUGUGCACAACACACUGGUGUGCAGACUGUGGGAGGAUACUUUCUGUUCACAAUGUGGACUUAGUUGUGGAUCUGUUUCGUCUGCUGUCCUGAUGUCUUUACGGCUCUUGGGUGCCUUGAUGUUGUCUGGACACUGAAAUCUGGUUAAUGCACAAGGCACAGCAUCUGGAAUCUUAACUGAAGAAGUUUCAGUUUUAUGAGAACUUUUGUCUGAACUCUCCAAAUCUUAGAAAAAAUGGCACUUAAAAAAGCCCAACAUUGAUGCAAGGACCUCUCAAAGGAGAGAAAUUUAAGAGUUAUUUAAAACUGAUCUUCUGAAAGGAAAUAACCAAAAGGUGUUUUCCCUCCUUUGGUUAUUUCCUUUCAGAAGAUCAGUCCUGUUUAUUAAGAACUAAUACCUGGUAUGUUCUCUAUUCAACUUUCAUUUGUUAGUUGCACCUUCCUGUUUUAUGCUAAUGGAAUAUUUAAGUUAGUAAAUUUGAGUCAAGUUAAAUUAAUUUGUGCCGCACUGCAAGUUUUACUGAACAAAAAUGAAAGACGUAGCCGAGAAACGAAACGGAACUGAAGCUCUUCAUAAGUAUAUUCUUAGAUUCAUUUUUAGUGACUGUGCUGUAGGUCUUAUUGCUCUUAUGCAGAGUCUGCUACUCUCAACCUCCUUUCAAUACCUGAUGAAUUUAGUGAAAGGCAGGUGCCCUCGAGGUACAUGAUAGGACAAGACAGGAUAGACUUGCUUAUUGUUUAGAAAAACCGUACAAGAUUUUGAGAGGUGCUCUAAUAUGGUGCGACAAAUUUAAAAACACGUUCUCCACCUAUUCAUCCAUACAUACUCACACCUUAAUAAAUAACAAUAAUAAUGAUUAGAAUAAAAUAAAUAGAGAAUUCAAAAUCUAAGUAACAUUUAGAAACUAUUGCACAUGAGUAAUAAUAUUCAAAAAGGAAACAUUUAUUUUGUAUUUUCAAGUCCAUUCGUGAUGUGUAAAAACAAAAAAAAAACUGUGGAUGAAUGUAUGAGUCUUUUUUGAGUCACCAUCUACAGUCACCAUUUAUAAAUAGCAGUGAGAGGUCUGUUCUGUCCUUCCUAAAAUCAAUGAUGGGUUCUUCAGGGGGUUUUGUGUCCCGUAUCAGAUUAUCGACUGAACACCAUCUCACCAGUUUCUGGACCUUGUUCUUUUAUGCAGACUCAUCUCCUGCUGAUAUGAGCCUGACUACUGAAGUAUCAUCUGCAAAUUUAUUGAUGAUAUCAGUAGAAUGGGCACAUAUGGGCUCAUAUGUGUGCAGUGAGUACAGUGUUUGGAUCAGCACAUGGCCUUGCGUUGAGCCGGUGCUGAACGGAGAGCUAUGGUGACGGCAUCCUCCGUCAGUCUGUGCCGUCCAUAAACUGGUGCUGGUCGAAGGCUGAAGGGAGACUUGUUUGGAGAUGUUUUAAUAUUAGUCUCUCAAAGCACUUCAUAAUGAUGGGUGGGAGAGCAUCUGACGUGUAAUCAUUUGGACUCUCAGGUGUGGCUUUUGAACAGAGAUCGGCUGGUAAAUCUUUGCCUUCCAGCUCAGCUCUCUCUUCUCCACAAUCAGUCGAGUACAGCACCCGCAUUACUGCCAAACCAAACCGUCUGUCCUCACAGACGAUCAGAGACAGGCUAGCACAACAACACAAUAGAUAUCCUGAAGUUCAGUUAUGGUCUUUGCUUCUGGUGUGCCACUCUAAGUUUUCCAGUGGUCACAUCUGGCCAAACCUGUGAGAGAAUUCUGUGUACGCCACUGUAUGUGGGAUUGAAUUGAUGAAAAAUCAAUGUGCUGGGUUUCUCAGAGUUAGCACAUGAACCCAUUAGUCACCCUUCUUAGCAUUAACAAUGAUACUUGCUUAUUUUUUCAACAGUAGAAGAAAGAAAAAACAAUGAGUAUUGCAAACUGUAAAUACUGACUAAUAUUUUCAAGCUAAAAUGGCAGAAACAAAGAAUUUGUUCUAAAAUAACAAAUGAGGCCAUGAGACUCUCAAGUGACUUUGAAGAGAGACUUAACCUCAGCCUCAGUUAUCUUCAGCUUAUCAUUUUUAACUGCCUGUGCUUGCUGUAACGCCCUUAACUGCUGCAUUCGCUGAGUUCUUGACAUGUUUUCCACCAACAGCAUUAACUGCUGAUAUCAACAGCAGUUAACGUGUGAAAACAGCAUGAACUGCUGCUGAUAUCAGCAGCUGACUUUGAAGGAUGUUUACAUGCACACAACAGAGAAAAGGUUGCUCUAAGUAAUCAUGUGCUGGAACAAGCUUUUAUUCUUUGUUGUUAUUGACCUAUUGUGUAUUGACAUUCUCAUUUAAGGGUAAACUCACAAGUUCAUUAAAGGUCAAAAUGAAGUUCUGGGUUACAAAUGAUGAAGAAAACAAUUAUUCUGUAAUGAAUAGGAGCUGUGUUCUUAUCUAUUUAUUAUCAUAAGUCAGUCUAUUUAUUGUCAAGACAGUUGACUUGGACCCAAAAAUACCAACCUGCUAAGAUGGGGGACCAUGAAUGUCUUCACCAAACUUUGUGUUGACCCGUAGAACAUGUUUACAUUGCAUUAAUGAUACAUGAGACUUGCUGGUUACCCUUAAUGAAAAGUUGUGUGAUGAUUAGAUGUGGUUGGAAACCCCAUAGGGAGCCUUUAAUUGCACCACAGAGACGAGAGAAAUUCAAGUUUCUGAACUGAUCAUCUGAAAGGAAGCAAAGAAUCAAAGGGGGGAAACACUUAUUUUAAGGAAGACUGUCUGCUGUUUUCUCUUUUCAGAUUUUAUACUUUAAUUUUUUAGGUUAUGAAUGUACUUUUUAUUAUUUUUUAAAAUAUAUAUAUAUAAAUAUAUAAUAUAUAUGCAAUAAAUGAUUCCUCUCAACUGUG